GACGCACCAUCUUAUCCUCUUCAUACCGCUCUUUUUAUCUGCUACGAAGUUGUGCUGUAGAGAGAGCAACAAAGAGCAGAGAGAGGAGAGAAAAUCCCACCAAUGGCAAUGGCGGUGAACUGCGCCACUUCUUCUUCGUUGAUGAUCACGAAACCAUCUCAGACAUCCUUCUCCUUCUUCCCCUCCAGGAAAACCCCUUUUCUCGGAUUCUCGUUCGCGGCUUCAUCCAAACUGUUUGUUCAGUCGAACAGGGUGUCCAAGAUUUGCUGCCAAGAAAAAGAGGCUCUUGUACCGGCGCCGCAGCAGUGGAUGUUUGACGAUCUUACUGGCCCUGAUGUAUGGAAUAAAACAUGGUAUCCAAAGGCUGCAGACCAUAUUAACACAAGUAAGACGUGGUAUGUAGUGGAUGCAACUGACAAGAUUCUAGGAAGACUCGCUUCAACAAUUGCCAUUCACAUCAGGGGAAAGAAUCUAGGAACUUUCACUCCUAGUGUGGACAUGGGAGCAUUUGUGAUAGUGGUCAAUGCCGAGAAGAUUGCUGUAUCUGGAAAGAAAAGGACACAGAAACUCUACAGGAGGCACUCAGGAAGACCUGGUGGGAUGAAAGUGGAAACUUUUGAUCAGCUUCAGAAGAGAAUUCCUGAAAGAAUUAUUGAACAUGCUGUCCGCGGAAUGCUUCCUAAAGGGCGGCUUGGGAGAUCAUUGUUUAACCAUCUUAAGGUUUACACCGGUCCAGACCAUCCUCAUGCAGCCCAGAAACCCAUUGAGUUGCCCAUAAGGGACAAGAGGAUACAAAAACAGGCAUAGCUUUGAGAUUGGAACCAUUAGAUGCUACUUUUCAGCUGUUCAUACAUGUCCCAUUAUUCAUGGUUUAGCAAGCGUGUUCACUUCGUCUCUCUUGUAACGCAAAAGCACAUCAGUGACCUUUCACGAUUUUGCUGAGGUAUUUAAUCACAAUCAUGAUUAUGUUAAUAGCAAGCUCCUUCACUCAAAUUCAUGUUAGGUGGUGAUGUUAUUUUGUUCUGCAAAUAGUUAAGAGUUUGUUCUUUCUCCUC